CAACUCCUUGAGCCGCCCAAGAUGGCGCUGCUGCUCGCCGUCUCCCUCUGCCUGGCGGCAUCCUUGUCCCCUUGCACACUGGCAGCGGCAGCUCAGGGCGGCAAGCGGCCCCUGGUGACGGCCAUCACCAAGGACCCGGCAACCUCUCUCUACACCUCCCCGCUCAAGGACAGCCGCCCGCUCGUCCUCGACCUCUCCGGCCCGCUCAUCUGGUCCACCUGCGACCGCGCGCACCCGACGCUCCAGUGCCACCACCACGACUGCGCCCACGCCCACAGCUACCACCCGCCCGGCUGCCCGCACACCGGCUAUGGCAAGGCCGACGAGGAAGACCGCUUCAGGUGCAAGUGCACGGCGCACCCCUACAACCCCGUCGCCGGCAGGUCCGCGACGGGCGACCUGACGCGCACCAAGCUCUCCGCCAACGCCACGGACGGCAGGAACCCGCUGUUCCCGGUCUCCUUCCCCGCCGUUGCCUCCUGCGCGCCGGCGUCCCUCCUCGCUAAGCUCCCGGCCGGCGCGGUCGGUGUCGCCGGGCUCGCGAGGUCGAGGGUGGCGCUGCCCGCGCAGGUCGCGCGCACGCAGGACGUCGCCGACAAGUUCAUCCUCUGCCUCCCGAGGAGCGGCGACGGCGUGGCGAUCUUCGGCGGGGGCCCGCUGUUCCUCUUGACGAGCACCUCACCGCCCUCGGAGGCGGGGGUUGAUCUCACGAAGCUGACAUACACCCCGUUGCUCAGCAGGAAAGGCAGCUCCAGCUACUACCUCCCCGUGAAGGCCAUCGCCUUCGACAAGGCGCAGGUGCAACUCCCGGGGAACCCACUUGCCACUGGUGGCGUGGUGCUCGGCACGACGGCGCCGUACACCGAGCUCCGGCCCGAUGUGUACCGCCCGUUGGUGGACGCUUUCGACAAGGCCCUGAUGCGGCGGUGGAACAUCAGCAAGAGGGUUCCGGCAGUGGCACCCUUCGAACUUUGCUACGAUUCGAAGACGCUCCCUGGUCCGACCCGGAUCGGCUGGCUUGUCCCUGACAUAGACAUCGUGCUCGAGGGUGGAAAGAACUGGACACUGGGCGGCCUUAGCUCGAUGGUAGACGUCAACAACUUCACGGCGGCGUGCUUCGGGUUCGUCGAGAUGAAGCUAGGAAAGGGCGGAUACGGUGGGGCGCCGGCGGUGGUCAUCGGAGGGUUCCAGAUGGAAGACCAUGUGCUGCAGUUCGACCCGGAGAAGCAGCAGCUCGGGUUUGCCAAGUUGCCGAUUUUUAUAUCGUGCCGUAACUUCAAUUUCACGCUGAGUCACUAGACUGUAACAACAAACCUGCAUCUCCUUGUUCUGUUUCGAUCGUGGUUGUCAUCUGCCAUAUUAAAUUUGUCACGUAUUUAAGGAUUCUCAUUUUCUUUAAUCGUGUAGGCUAGUAUUUAUGUGUUGACAUUUUGCAAUAUCGACGUACUACCCUG